AUGGCUGGAAAACCCAACAAACUUGCCUUCUUGUCUAUGUCUGCGCCGGCAUCCUAUGUCGCUGGUCUAGGGCGAGGUGCUUCGGGAUUUACAACACGGUCCGAUAUUGGUCCAGCACGGGAGGGACCCAGUGCUGAGGUUAUUGCUGAAGCCCAAGCCCGACGUGGCGAAGAGGCAGAGGUGGAUCCCGACCAAUUCCAGGAUCCUGACAAUGAAUACGGUCUCUUUGCCGGUACCACAUACGAAGCUGACGACGAAGAAGCUGACCGGAUCUAUGAAAAAGUGGACGAGGCUAUGGACGCGAGGAGAAAAGCACGAAGAGAAGCACAGGAACAGCUCGAAAUGGCGAAGCACCGCGCAGAGCGUCCAAAAAUUCAAGCGCAAUUUGCGGAUCUGAAACGAGGACUGACGGCUGUGACUGAUGCCGAGUGGGAGGGCAUACCAGAAGUUGGCAACUUGACGCGCAAGAAACGGAAGACAGAGGGGAGGACCUACGUCGUUCCGGAUAGUAUCUUGGUGGGAGAUAGAGAGAGAGGUGGUAUAGGGAACGUGGUCCAAGAUGGACAGGAAACUCCUGCGAAUACGGGUACUCUAACGAACUUUGUGGAAAUUGGUCAGGCGAGAGAUAAGAUAUUAUCACUGAAACUGGAUCAGAUAUCUGGUACUGCCACCUCCCUCGGUGCAUCUGGAACGUCCACUUCCAUUGACCCUAAAGGCUACCUCACCUCUCUCGACAGCGUCCAAAUAAAAUCCUCAGCCGAAAUCGGCGACAUUAAGCGCGCGCGCAUGCUCUUUGAUUCGUUGGUAAAGUCAAAUCCAAAACACGCUCCUGGUUGGAUCGCUGCUGCGUGCUUAGAGGAACACGCUGGACGAAUGGUCGCUGCGAGGAAGCUUAUUCGUGAAGGGUGCGAACGAUGUCCGGUCAGUGAGGAUGUGUGGUUGGAAGCAGCCAGACUACAUAGCAAUGACGAUGCCAAGGUGAUACUAGCUAAUGCCGUGCAACAUGUGGGUCAGAGCGUCAAGAUUUGGCUCGCUGCGGCGGAUUUAGAGGGAGAUGUCAAAGCGAAGAAGAGGGUGCUGAGAAAAGCCCUUGAACAUAUCCCCAACUCCGUUCGAUUAUGGAAGGAAACUGUCAACUUGGAGACUUCGGCCACAGAUGCGCUAAUCCCGCUUUCGGUGGAGCUUUGGCUCGCCCUGGCUCGCAUCGAGACACCUGACAAGGCAAAAGCGGUUCUGAAUAAAGCACGUAAAGCGGUCCCGACCUCUCAUGAGAUAUGGAUCGCCGCUGGACGCUUGUUGGAGCAAGAGGCGGGUAAAAACGAGGAUCCUGAGAAGAAGAAAAAAGAGAUGGAUACUGUGGACAAGACCAUAGAGGCCGGUGUACGCGAGUUGCGGCGGCAUCAGGUGCUGCUUACGCGAGAGCAGUGGCUGAAAGAGGCCGAACGAUGCGAGAGCGAGGGCUCAGUGAGAACAUGCGAGGCGAUUGUAAAGGCUACGGUUGGCAUGGAGCUCGAAGAUGAGGACCGUUUGGAUACGUGGAUGGGUGAUGCCGAGUCUGCUGAAGGACGGGGAAUGGUUGCGACUGCUCGAGCUAUUUUGGCAUAUGCUCUGAAAGUAUAUCCGGAUAGACGGGCGUUGUGGCAGCAGGGAUUGGAUGAGUUGCUGGGACGUGCCGUGGAGUGUUGCCCACAGGCAGAGGUUCUGUGGUUGAUGGCUGCCAAGGAGAAGUGGCUAGCCGGAGAUGUUCCCGGGGCGAGAGGCGUCCUUGAGAGAGCCUUCAUCGCCAAUCAGGAAAGCGAGCAGAUCUGGCUCGCAGCUCGAGGACAGCUCUUGGUCCGUGCGAGAGAUGUUGCGGAUACGCAGAGGAUUUGGAUGAAAUCUGCCGUCUUCGAACGACAGCAAGGACAGAUCGACGAAGCGCUCAAGACACUGUCUACUGCUCUCAAAAAGUUUCCCAAAUUCGCGAAAUUGUAUAUGGUACAGGGACAAAUAUACGAAGACCGAAAUGACAUUCCCUCUGCGCGCGCAUCGUACGCCGCCGGACUCAAAUCCUGUCCUAAGGAGCCUACGCUUUGGAUGUUAGCGAGUCGGCUUGAAGAAAAAGACGGCAAGAGUAUAAAGGCCCGUGCUCUCUUGGAGAAGGCGAGACAAGUCAAUCCUGGAAACGAAUUGCUCUGGCUGGAAUCCAUAGGUGUGGAAGAGCGAUCUGGUGGUGGAGCCGGUCAGGUUCUUGCUCGCGCUCUACAAGACUGUCCAACGAGUGGAGUUCUCUGGUCAAAGAGCAUUUGGAGCGAGCCAAGGCCGAUGAGAAAAGCCCGUUCGGCCGAUGCGUUAAAGAAGACUGGUGGUGGAGAAGGUGGUGGUAGCGCCGUUAUCUGUACGAUUGCCCGGUUGUUUUGGGCAGAGAGGAAGGUGGAGAAGGCUCGGCAGUGGUUUGGGAGGGCUGUCGGGGUGGAUGGCGAUCUAGGCGAUCUAUGGGGAUGGUGGCUCAAGUUUGAGAGACAGCAUGGGGUGGAAGAGCAGAGAGAGGAGGUGCGGGUGAGGUGUGUGCAAGCGGAGCCACAUCAUGGUCUUGUUUGGCCGGCUGUUGCGAAGGAUUUGAAGAAUGUGGGGAAGGGAGCCCGGGAGAUAUUAGAGAUGGUUGCUGAUAAGCUAGAGGAGUAG